AUGACGUCAAUACCAAUUCGUCAAUUAGGUAAAAAUGGACCGCAUAUACCUGCCAUUGGUUUUGGUACUAUGGGUAUGUCAGCAUUUUAUGGAACAUCUGCUUCCGAUGAAGAACGAUUCAAGCUGUUGGAUCGAUUGAUUGAACUUGGUAGUACAUAUAUUGAUAGUGCGAAUUUUUAUGGUGAUAAUGAAGAUUUACUUGGAAAGUAUUUUAAGAAAUAUCCUCAUCAACGUGAAAAGGUUAGUAAAACCAAAAACAGGAAUAAGCUGAUGCUUAUAAUAUGACUGAACGUUUUCUGAGAAAAAUGACAUAAAAUAUUGAAAACUCAUUACCUCAGCGACCCUUCUGAGGCAUUGUAUACAUUAAUGGAAACUUCUCAUAUAAAAUUUUAAUCAGUUAGAAUUUAACACAUCGAAGGAUGCUUGUAACGGAAAAUAUAGAAAAGAUAUUGGAAUGAUAUCGAGGAAGGCGGUUGUUAUCGAAUCCCUUGUUCGUUGGUCUUGUUUUUAUUUAUCUCGAUCCGUGCUUAGUUCCGUUACUUGUUGAGCUUGAUCUUUAUUUCAACACUAUGAUUACUUCACAUACAACUUCACAUCGUUCUCUCCUUCCUUUCUCGAGUGAGUGCAGUAAUCGCUCGAGAUGAAGGAUCAUCAUGCGCAUAUGCGUAAUAUAGAUAAUGGGGAUUUUCCCUAUAUGAGGAAGCUGUAAAUAACAUAAUCUUUUAAUUUUCUUAAUUUGCUUACUUAUGUGUUUAUGAAUAUUUUCAAACACAAAAGGAGUUCCGAAGAGAAAAAUUAUAUCAAAAAUGUUUUUUCUCAUAGGUUUUUCUUGCUACAAAAUUUGGCAUUGUUAUUCUUCCAAAUGGCGAUCGAAUCGCACGUGG